AUGGCAGCGAUUCCUAUCAUUAUUAAGCAUGCCGGCAAACGUCACGAAGUCGAGCUCGACCCUACCUCCAAUGGCGAGACCCUGAAGUACCAACUCUUCUCCCUUACCGGCGUCGAACCCGACCGCCAAAAGGUCCUAGUCAAAGGUGGCCAGCUCAAGGAUGAGACACCUCUUUCGUCCCUCAAUGCCAAGCCCGGGCAGAUGUUUAUGAUGAUGGGCACACCAUCCGGGGGCGCAGGCACUGCUGAUCUUGGUCGGCCAAAGGAGGCCGUCAAGUUCCUGGAGGACAUGUCUGCAGCUGAGGUGGCCCAGCAGGAAGGUGCUACACCUGCUGGUUUGCAGAAUUUGGGAAACACAUGUUAUCUCAACUCUACACUACAGACAUUGCGCAGCGUGCCGGAGCUUCAGCAGGAACUUAUCAAAUACCGACCAAGCGAAAGUGCUGGGCAGUCCGGCUUGUCGGACCUCAGCAGCUUUGGUCUAGGUGGUCUUGGCGGCUCCCGGGAUUUGGCUGCUUCUCUCCGAGAUCUGUUCAAGCAAAUGUCUGAAACACAGGAAGGCAUUCCGCCUUUGAUGUUCCUCAAUGCUCUUCGAUCUGUAUUCCCCCAAUUUGCCCAACGUGAUCGCAAUGGGCAAGGAUAUGCCCAGCAGGAUGCCGAAGAAGCUUUCUCUCAGAUUAUGAACCAGUUGCGUGCCAAGUUGACCAUCACCGACGGCGAAGGCGAGUCUGCCACCAAGACCUCAUUCGUCGACAAGUAUCUCGCCGGUCAAUUUGAGUCUGUCACCGAGUGUGAAGACCCAGCCGCGAAGGAGCUCGGCGAGCAGCCCAGCCAAAGCUCAGACGUCUUCUAUAAGCUGGACUGUCACAUUGGAAAGGAAACAAAUCACCUGCAAGAUGGAAUCCUUGCUGGUCUGGAGGAGGAAAUCGAGAAGAACUCCCCUCUUUUGGAGCGCAACUCGGUGUACAAGAAGCGAUCUCGCAUCGCGCGACUGCCCAAGUACUUGACCAUUCAUUUCGUCCGGUUCUUCUGGAAGCGCGAGACCCAAAAAAAGGCCAAGAUUAUGCGCAAGGUUACAUUCCCAGCUGAGUUGGAUGUGGUCGAGUUCUGCACCGAGGACCUCCGCAAGCAGCUUAUCCCUAUCCGUGACAAGGUUCGCGAGAUUCGCAAGGAGGAGGAAGAUGUUGAGCGAGCCCAGAAGCGUCAAAGGAUCGCGGAAGAGCGCGCCGUGCGCCAAAGCAAAGAAACCGACCUUGGCUCCAACGUGGAGCCGAUGCAAAAGAAGCAUGCAGCCGAAGAGACCAAGGCGAAGGCCAAUGACAAGGACGGUGACAGCCAGAUGGAGGAGACCUUCAAGACUGACGCCGAAUACGAGGCUGAGAAGGCCGCAUCCAUCCGCGCCGCCAAGAAAGAACUCCAAGAGCUUCUCACCCAAAGGGGCUCCGGAGACAGUGGAACCAACCAGUCUGGCUUGUAUGAGCUUCGUGCCGUGAUCACCCACCAGGGUGCCAGUGCUGACAGCGGUCACUACACCGCGUACGUUAAGAAGCAAGAGCGCGACGAGCCCCAGGCCGGCAACAAGCGCCGGGAGCAGGAUAACAAGUGGUGGUGGUUCAACGAUGACACGGUGACCGAGGUGGAAGCACAGAAGAUCGAGACUCUUUCCGGUGGUGGCGAAUCUCACUCCGCCCUGAUCUGUCUCUACCGCGCUAUUGAUCUACCAACAUCUGAGUAA